GAAAACAAAAGAAAAAAAAAAACAAUCUAAACAAUGAAACUGUUUUAAAGUCGUUUCAACAAUACACUUUCUUUAAGAUUUUCAUUCUUUUAUUUGAUGCAAAAACAGAAAAAAAGAAAAAGACAUUUCUGCAAAACUCCUUUUAUCGAGUCUCAUAUCUUUUCUAAAGUCUCCUCCUUUUGCAAAAUUGUCCUUUUGAUUUGAUUUAGUUUUGGUGAGAUUUUGCCACAUUUCCAUUUCUUUUUAAUGUAAUUUCAUAUUGAUCAAGAAAUGUACUAUCAUUUUCUUGGGUUUUGAUCUCCAUCUAUUUCAUAUGUGUGGGGCAAUCCCUUUAUUCUUUUAUUAAAUAAAUCCUUUUCUAAUCAUCAAAUUCUAUUUUUAAUUUAAUAGUACUUAAUAAUGUUUGAAUGAUUGAUGUUGAUAAUAAAAGCUGACUGUUAAUUUUUUUUAAAUUUUUUUUUUUUUGAAAAUCUCUUUUAAAAAAUUUUGCCACUCAAAGAAAUUUUGGAUUUUGAGUGUUGCAAUAACGAGAAUCUUUUCAAAUUUUGUUUCCCUUAAUUGGGUUCAUAUAAGUCAAUCAUGGAUCAUAUAGUUGGGGGCAAAUUCAAAAUGGGGCGAAAGAUCGGCGGUGGAUCCUUUGGAGAAUUGUUCCUUGGGGUUAAUGUACAGAAUGGAGAAGAAGUUGGUAUAAAGCUGGAACCUGCAAGGACCAAGCAUCCCCAGCUUCAUUAUGAAUCUAAAAUUUACAUGCUUCUUCAAGGAGGAACGGGAGUUCCUCAUCUCAAGUGGUUUGGUGUCGAGGGUGAGUACAAUAUCAUGGUUAUUGAUCUUUUAGGCCCGAGUCUUGAAGACUUGUUCAAUUAUUGCAAUCGGAAGUUCUCCUUGAAAACAGUGUUGAUGCUUGCAGAUCAAUUGAUUAACAGAGUCGAGUAUAUGCACUCAAGGGGUUUUCUUCACCGUGAUAUAAAGCCUGACAACUUUCUAAUGGGUUUAGGACGCAAAGCCAAUCAGGUUUACAUCAUCGAUUAUGGUCUUGCGAAAAAGUACAGGGAUCUUCAAACUCAUAAACAUAUACCAUACCGGGAAAAUAAGAAUCUGACAGGCACUGCUCGAUAUGCUAGCGUGAACACUCAUCUUGGCGUUGAACAAAGCAGAAGAGAUGACUUGGAAUCUCUUGGUUAUGUACUCAUGUAUUUCCUAAGGGGAAGCCUUCCCUGGCAGGGCCUUAAAGCAGGGACGAAAAAGCAGAAAUAUGAUAAAAUCAGUGAAAAGAAGAUGUUAACUCCUGUUGAGGUUCUUUGCAAGUCAUAUCCAUCAGAAUUUAUAUCAUACUUCCAUUAUUGUCGAUCAUUGCGAUUUGAAGACAAGCCAGAUUAUUCCUAUCUGAAAAGGCUUUUCCGUGACUUAUUUGUUAGAGAAGGCUAUCAGUUCGACUAUGUUUUUGACUGGACUAUAUUAAAGUAUCCUCAGAUUGGUUCCAGUUCCAGACAACGGCAGUCUAGUGGGAAAACUGGUUUAAAACCUCGGCAAUCUUUUGAACAAACAGAAAAGGCCCCAGUAGUAGGAAAUGAGAUUCGAGAUAGGUCUUCGGGGGCACUUGAAGCAUUCAGUAGAAGACUUGCUUCUGGUGUCGGACAGCAUGGUGAUCGCAUGAAGCACAGGACAUCAGAGGAUGCAUCAUCAUCUAAAGAUGCACGACCUAGUUCAGAAAGAGGCCGCAUCUCUCGCAAUGGCAGCGUGUCAAAGAAGGCUGUUGCUUCAAGCAGCAGGCUAAGCUCCACUGUAGCAGGCAGUGAGAGUCGAUCGAGCUGGCUGUUCUCAAACAGCAGUCGUCUGUCUACCACCCACAGAAUCCAUUCUGGGGCUGAGUCCAAAAUCUCCCAUGGUACUGGCGCAAGAGACACUCAUGACGAUCAACUACGAAGCUUUGAGCACCUUGCCAUUGGCACAGACAAGAGCAGGCGAUGAAUGAUAUUGCGUUGCAUCUGGUGUAAACUUGUGGUGCUUUGUUAUUCAGGGGAAGUGCCCGUAUGUCAUCAUCUGGUUUCACAUAAUCGCUAUUAAUAUUUCUUCAGCAAAAUCGCAGUUCGCUUUGCCUUAUCUAAGGUAGCCGUAAGUGCAAAGUGUCUGUUGCUGUUCCUUGUGGGUUGUUCUCAUAUAGUUUUGUAAAUUCAUCCGGAAGAAGACACUGACUUCCCCCAUAAAUAUCGGAUACUGAGGCAUAGUCGAGCGGCUUAAAAUUGCAACUAUGACUGGAAAAAUCAUGUGCUUGUAGCAGUUCUUCUUGCAAUUAUGGGAAGAAUGGUCGUGUGCUUGUACCAUUCUUCUACAACUAUCAGAUUAAACAGUUCGAAAAAUUAUCUAUAUAAAUAAAUAAAUAUUUUAAAAUA